AUGAGCAAAGAGAGUCUGGUACUACGGCCCCGCGAUUCGGCCCAAGUGAACUCGGAUGAUUGGCCUGAAUUCGAACUCAAGCAAGCCUUUGUCUAUGAUCCUGAAGACCCGGACAGGACACCCAUUAGUCUGCUACAUGCUGGACACUAUCGCCCACUCACGAUCACUGGAAAACUCGAGCCGCCAAAUAACCAAAAUAUUGGAUCCUUCAUAGACAACACCUCACAUCGCGCCAUCGCAAUCGAGCUAGCGAACAUCAAAGAGUUCUCAUAUGGCGAAUACGGAGAUGGCUCGCUGGACAUCUGGGCUGCUGGUCAGGCUGGAUGGUUCAGCGUUAGACCCAGCAGAGCAUACAGGGAUAUGUAUAACGACAUGACUCAGGCUCUCAAGCUGCUCUAUUUCAUGGCCGAUAGCUACAAAGCUUUGAAGAGAUAUUCCGAUUUGUCGGCUCCAUUCUUCUUCCAGAAGUGUAGCGAGGAAGGCCUUGAGGGGUGCAACAAUGUCAUGGAUGUUGCGGCAAUGUUUACUAAGCAUAGAUAUUUCCUGAUCGCAUCCAUGUUGACCAACAAGGAGGGCUUGCAGUGGUACCGGGUACCCCUCUACACGUGGUUUCAAACCACGUUCCAAGACGACUUCGCUCUUGUUCAGUCUAGGAUAAAGCCCCCACGAUCUUCGAAGGCAUCAUCUCAAAAGACCAAUUCGCAAUCUCCGGCGCCGUCGACGGCCAGCUCGAGGAGGAAAAAGGCGACGGCCAAACAACAAAGCGCAACACCGAAAUCUGUCGCAACCACGCGCUCAGGCCGCUCGACCAGGUCCACGAGAUCUCAGUCUAACGCGACAAUUGAUUCUCUACCCAUAAUCCUUGACAACACACCUGAGUUAGACCAGCUACCCGAAGUCGUGUCGACACCAGAACAUACCAAGAACCAUAUCGACCAGAGCAUGUCCUCCAGCGACAACGAAAUGACCUCGACUGGAGGUAAGGGCAAAGGCAAAUCAGCACUACGACCAAGGCCUAGCAAAUACGUACCCUCACGAGCAGACAAGACGAACAAGGAUUCCCCGGCUGCUAUACAGAGCAGAAAGGUGAUAACUAGACCACAAUCUGGCGAUCCGGACGUGAUGUUGGUCGACAGUCCACCACCUGAACAUGAAGAAGCUAGCGACAAACUUGCCGAGGACACUACCGAAGACUCGGACGAUGAGAGUAUGACAGGGACACCAGAGGCCACUCUACCUUUCCGCCUUCAAGACUCGAUCAACAACGGCGAUGUCUGGAAUUGCCCUGUCGACGGGUGCAUGCACAGGACAUAUGCCGCGUCAGAGCCUAGUUCGCAACUCCUCAUCAAAGCCCACAAUCGAACUCAUGACCAUGACGACGACGAGAGAGUACAGCUAGUACGACGUAUGGAGGCACCCUACCUGCCAGUGAAUAGGCUGAUGGACAGAGUCAGGGGCAUGGCUGCAAGCAAGUUCCCACCACCCAUCGCCCAACGCUAUUGA